AUGGAAGCAGUAACAAAUGAACUUGCUGUUUUUAAUAGUUUACAAUUUGUUAAUAAUAAAGUUUUACCAAAAACUACAUUUGACACACAAACAUCGCAAUUUAUUCAACAAUUUCAACAGCAAUAUUCAUUUGAUAGAAUAGAAACUACUCUUGAUCCUCGUGUUCUCAAUGUUACUGCACUUGAUUCAACAAUUAAUAGUCGAUCUUCUCCUGAUACUAAAUUGAAUACUAGUGUUUCACAAUUAUUUAUAGAAUAUUGGACAAAUUCUACUAAUUUUAGUUUUUAUUAUAAUCAAUGUGCACCAAAUCAAUGCUUUUAUACUUAUGAAGAACGUUUUAAUAGAGCGUAUAUUAUUGCAACUCUACUCGGUAUAGUUGGUGGUCUUUCUACUGUACUUCGAAUAUUGAUUCCUCCUAUUGUAAUAUUACUUCGGAGAAUAUAUCGUCAAUGUCAUAGAUUUCAAACAUGUGUGCCAAGGGAAAUGGUCGUUGAAAUAGGAGGUAUUCGUCAGAAAAUAUCACUUUAUCUUACUCAACUUCAACGGUUUAUUCGAACAAUUAACUUCUAUCGGAAGAUGAAGAAUACUCAUUUACAAGAAAUAUCACAAACAACAGAUGAAAUUUCAAUUAUACGACUAACUUUUACUGGAUUAAAUUCACAAAUACAAUCCAUAAAAGUAUCAUCUCCAACAGAAUUAAUAUUUGAACAAUUACAACUUCAAUAUUCAUCAUCUUUAUCAUGUUCAUGUUCUCGAAUAUCCAUUCAAUAUUCUAAAUUUAUUUCUAUUAAACCAAUUGUUUAUCAUCAAAUAUGUUCAAGUGUUUUUAUUUCAUCAAAUUUCAUUCAAUUAUUAUGGGACAAUGAAUCACUUGAAAGUUAUUAUUAUGAUGUCGAUAUGAAAAUAUUAAGUUUACAUUUUAAUAUUUUAGUAUCACUUUGUUCUCUUGCAAAAAUUAUGAUUGAACAAAAAAUUAAAGUAUUUUAUUCAGAACAAUUUAUAAAUGUAGAAUUAUUAACUCGUCAUUCUUUUCAAAUUCAAAUUGAUUCUAUUAUUGAGAAUUUUAUUAAUCAAGCACCAAUCAAUUUUCGACAAAUUCAUAAUUAUAUCAUAGAUAUGCUUUAUGCUAAUCAAUUACAUAAUAUAUUCUUAACAAAAUUGGAAUCUUCAUUUAUCAUCAUAUAA